GAGAUUUUUUAAAAAACAUUUUUGUUAUGUAGAAUGCAACCUUCAUGCGGACAAUGAUUUAUGAAUUUGUGAUUCGUUUUCAGAGGUCAAUAUCUCUUCACGUCGUUCGCGUCGUCGCCGUCGAAUCGGAAAUCUAUUCCAUCAGGAUGCUGUACACCUUAUAGAGGACUGAGCGCAUAGCUUGUAGCCAGUACAGUCAACCUACACGACAUGCUCGAGAACCUUCUCAUAACUAAUUUUUGCUGGUUACUUCCUCGUUGCUCUAUUCGCGGUCGUUAUCAGCGUGGGAAAUGAAUCAAUCAAUUCCUUUGAUGAAAGGUGCUCCGGAUUGCCAAUCGGCUCGCUGCGGAAUGGAUGCUGGAUGUCGUAAACAACCCGAUGGAUCGUUCAUUUGUGUUUGCACUCACGAUUUCAGCCAAGAAAGAUCCGAUACGCCCUGCCCACGCAAAGUCGUGUCCGGAACGAAUUCUUAUUAUCCUGUUAAUAAUAAGACGUUGAUUACCAUCCAUCGAAAUGGUCGAGAUAAUGAGCAUAAAUUAUUCCCUCGCGUAUUUAAGGCUCAUCUACCGAUUUCUGUACUGACUGAUGAGAUUCCAGAUCACUCUUCGUCAAUGAAAACUGUUGCGCUAGCCUAUUCAAUACCCAUAACUCUAAUCAUAGCAUUGAUUGGAUUAGUUUUUCUCUCAAUCAAGUUGAUUAGGUGGGUGAGAAUUUACAGGAUGACCAACAGGAAUCGGACUGUAUUGCGCUUCGGUAGGAAUGUUUCCCCAAAAGAAUUCUUAACCAUCAACACCGACUACUUGAGAAUAGUCGACCAAGUGGAACAGAAUGUCAGCUCCCGUUCCUUUCUCCUAUUGCGUGAGUGGAUCGAACUUGAAACUGAACUCGGUGAAGGUUGUUUUGGUAAGGUUUUUCGCGGUCGACUACGCCGCCCUGAUUCAUCAAUCCAGUCAACGGAUCCCUCCUAUAUUAAUCUGGAGAGCAGUCAAGCUGUGGCAAUCAAAGUUCUCAAAUCUCCGUCACCUGGAAUCGCUUCAACCACUGCGCAAAGCGAUUUUCUCCGAGAAGCAGAGACGAUGGCUUCGUUCUCUCACGAGAAUAUCUUGGCUUUACAUGGUGUUGUUAUCAAUGAGUUUAGUAUCGGACCAUGGGUUGUAUUUGAAUACAUGGAGUUGGGCGACCUAGCUCAGCUAUUACGUUCCUCCAACGGCUAUCCUAGUCCUAAAGACAAAGAUACCCUCAUAGGCAGACAUAAAUUGAAUCAGGAGGAUUUGCGCUCCAUAGCAGAACAAAUUGCAAAUGGUAUGAAAUAUCUUUCGUCAAGGCAUUUCGUACAUCGGGAUCUAGCGUGUCGAAACUGUUUGGUGGGUGAACGGCCAUCUGUCAACCCAGCUUUUAGCAGUAAUCGUUCAAAUCUUAUCAUCAAGAUAUCGGACUUUGGAAUGAGCAGAGAUGUUCAUACCACUGAUUACUACAAGAUGGGAGCUUCUCGAUUUUUGCCGGUUAGAUGGAUGCCCCCCGAAUCAAUUCUUUAUGGUAAGUUUACUCGGGAAUCGGAUGUCUGGGCUUUUGGAGUUGUCCUCUGGGAAAUUUUCUCUAUGGGCGCUCUUCCAUAUUACGGUCAUUCUAAUGAAGAGGUGAUUACAAUGAUCGUCGACAGCGUUCUUCUGGAGCCACCAAAGUCUACUCCGUGUUUAAUUCGGCAGCUAAUGUAUGAAGGUUGUUGGAAGAAGAUGCCAUCCGAUCGUCCUUCUUUUUCGGAGAUUCAUGCCAAACUCGCUGGUUUUUCGAGUACAGCACCGUUGUCGGAGCAAGCAGAAUGUGAAAUUUAUUCUAACUGUUAUGCCUAUCUCCAACCUUUACCGGAUUUGGAACCAUAAUUUCCCUCACACAAUUUUGGUUUUGCGGAAAGUUUGUGAUCUUUAUAAUAGUUGCUAUAUUAAGUCAUGCGCUUGCGUAAUCAUUUAUUUAGUCUUCCUGUUCGUAUUUCCCUCUCAAUAUUUAUUAUUCUCACAAAUUAUUGUUGGAAUAAAAAUAUAAAAAGUGUCACCGAUUGAAUUAUGAACAGCAAAUUCAUUAUUCAUUUGCGUAACCUCGUUGACCUAUGCUUGAAAUUGUUAAAGAUUGUGGCAACGAACAUAUCCUUUUAAAUUGUUACAAAGCAACAUUUUACCAUAACCUUUAACAACAAAGUGUAUUAAACAACCAGGUGAUUAUCACAUAAAUUUAGAAAUGAUCUGUGGUCAAAGUCAGAAGGGAAAUGUGUAGUAAAAAUUCGAAAAGCAAUAUUUAUUUUGGUCACAGAGAAGUCGUGUGGUUUUCGUGCAUCUCUGGCGUGUAAGUGAGAAGGACAAAGGCAACCCAAAAAUGAAGAACCACCAUCUAGA